AUGGGGCAGCCAUCAAAGAUUAAGAGGGUACGACAAAAAAAGAAGAGGAUACUUGAUGUCAAAACUACUCUCUUGAGACACAAUGCCUCUUUGAAUGAGAUUACUACAUAUGAAAAGGCUCAUAGUUGCUCGGUUGAUUUUAUAACGUCCGACCAUAAGAAUGCAACAACAAAGGUCAUAUGUGACUACAUACUAGAGCUUGUGCGUGACUCUAGUAAUGUAAUCACACCAAACUUUGUGGUAGAUGAAAUGAGAAGGAAAUACGGAAUAAUCAUAUUCUACAAUAAAGGAUGGCGAGUGAUACAACAUGCCUAUAUGGUGAUAAGAGAAAAUGCGGAAGAGAUCUAUAACAGGUUGCCAUCGUAUCUUCAUAUGAUAAAAGAAAACAACUCAGGCACGUACACAAACAUUAAGAGAGAUGAUGAGAACAAGUUUCAAUAUGCAUUUUUUGCUUAUGACGCUUCAAUAAUUGGAUGGACCAACUGUAGAUCGGUAAUAAUGGUAGAUGCAAUAUUUUUGAAGUUAAAAUAUGGUGGUGUCCUCAUGAUAGCAGUAUCAAAGGACGGAAACAACAACAUAUUUCCUUUGACUUUUGGAAUUGUAGACUCAAAAACUAAUGAGUCUUAUAACUGGUUCUUCAAUCAGUUAAGAAAUGCAAUUGGGCACGAGACAUGCAUAUACCACAUGGAGAAGAAUUUAAGAAAAAAACACUUCUCAGAUGUGGUUCUAUCACUCUUCUGCAAUGCAGCGAUAACAUACAAACAAACUAAAUUUUAUACUUUCAUGGAAGAGAUAGAAAAAGUCGAAAAAGUUGCUGUGGAGUACUUGAAAGAAGAAGAACCAAAAAGAUGGGCUCGUUUGUUUCAUACCAACAGAAGGUACAAUAUGCUUAUAACUAACAAGUCCAUGAAUACGAUACUGAGAAAAGUAAGGCAGCUGCCAAUACUGGAAAUGAUCGAUUACAUUCAGAACAAGUUACAAAGUUGGUUUUAUGAAAUAAAAAUAGAAGCGCAAGACAACUUUCAUGACAUCACACGUUGGGCGAAAGUGGAGGCGAUUGACAAGAUUCAAGUCUCCUUAAAAUUGAAAGUACGUAAUUGA